ACGAUAAAGCUGAGAGUCUCUCUGGUUACUGUAACCGGUAACCGUGAAUUUACCUCCUCCAUUUAACAAGUUUACCUUUGCUGUUUAUUUAUUUUGAUUUUUUAUAUUUAUGAAGAUCAUGGCUGAAACAACCGAAGUAGUUAAUAAAUAUAAUGUUAGAUAUGAGUUUGGUAAAAUAACUUUGAAAGCAGGUCAUAAUUCACCAGAUGAUUGUGGCUCAAAUGGUCUUCCUACAACUCCUAAUUCAAUUUCGAUUAUUGGCAAUUUUAAAGCAAUUGUGGAUCAUAUAAGCCAUCCCAAUUUAGUUCAAUACGUUGAUUGUUAUCGUAGCAAAAAUGAAAAGGUCUGCCUUGUAUUUGAGUAUUACCAAAAGCAAUUUGUCAACGAAGAUAUUGAUAUUAUUGUCAAGCAUCUUCUGACUGGUCUCAACUAUCUACAUUCAUGUUUAAACAUAGUCCAUGGCAAUAUUACUCCUGAUUCAAUCGUUUAUAAUGGCAGCAAUUAUAAAUGGAUACAUUGGCCUUUAAAUGUGAUUACUGAAUAUGGAAGAUUUCUCGAUAGCUCUGCUUUAUUGCCUGAGAAUUUGAGUUUUGUUGCUCCUGAACGUGCUAUAAAUCUGAAAAGUAAACCAUGUAAGAGGUCAGAUAUAUGGUCAUUCGGAUUGGUUCUCCUUUGCUACCUUUAUCCUCAAAUAAAACUACCUCGCAAUCCAGUUACACUUGCUGCAUGUAAAACAGUUGAUGAAGUAUUAAAGCGACUAAAUGUUACGGAGUUAUCUGGAAAAUAUCAAGAAGUGAUAACCCAAUGUUUAAAUCCUAAAGUGAACUCAAGGCCGACUGUGAAACAAUUAAUGAAAUUACUUGAUAUCGAUUCAACCAUCCCUGAGAACUACCCACUAGAUAAAUUGAUAAAAUAUAAUAAGAUAUCAGAGUAUUGUAAAGAUGAAUGCCCAUUGACUAUCCGUGAAGCAUAUCAUUUUUGGUGUUUAUCUUCAACUGCAAAUAGAGACAAGGAAUGUGAUGAAAAACAAGAUCCACCCAUCAUGCGUUUACCUUCUCUAGUUAUUUUAGAAAAUCAACAAAGUUCCAACUCAUACUCUACCAAUUCUGCAUCAUCUGGAGUAUCAUUUGUCCCUCAUUACAUUGAAGUUUUACCCAUGGACAAUCUAAAAAAGCGUCUCAGUGAACUAGAUCCAACAAUUUUGUUUCCAUUAAUAUCAACUAGAUUCAAGAAAGAAAAAAAACUUGAGGCUGACCCAGCUCUUCCUAUCAUUAUUCGAGAAAACGAUUUCAUGUAUCAAGUUGAAAGAGUUCUACUAUUCAGGAGAUUGUGUAAUGAAAGUCCUUUCUUGAGAGAUGAUCUUUUAAAGGCAUCAACUAUCGACAUACCUCCCAUGUAUCGAGCUCAGGCUUGGGCUGUGAUACUAGAGGUUAAUUGGAAUGAUUUACUAAUUUACGACAAGAUUGACAAGCUAACACCAACUAGCACUGAUCGACAAAUCAGUGUUGAUAUUCCAAGAUGUCACCAAUACAAUGAUCUCUUAGCAUCACCAAAGGGCCAUAAAAAAUUUUCAAGAAUACUUAAAGCUUGGUUAAGACAUAAUGAGCCUAAUUAUGUUUAUUGGCAAGGGCUUGAUUCGUUAUCGGCUCCUUUUGUUUUGCUCAAUUUUCAUGAUGAAGCAAUGGCUUUUGCAUCUUUCAACGCUUUUAUACACAAAUAUUUAAGAGGAUUUUUUGCUAAAGACAACUCUGAAACUAUUCAAGAAUAUUUGGCUUUAUUUUCGCAUCUUAUUGCCUUUCACGAUGUCGAUCUUUUUAAUCAUCUUUAUCACCUAAACUUUACUCCAGAACUCUAUUGUAUUCCUUGGUUUUUAACCAUGUUUACUCAUGUACUACCGUUACAUAAAAUAUUCCAUGUUUGGGAUACUCUUCUGCUUGGUGAUGAGUCUUUUCCCUUAUCCAUUGGUUUGUCAAUAUUGAACCAGUUAAGAAACCAGCUACUUGGUUACACCUUCAAUGACUGUAUACUCAUUUCAAGUGAUUUACCCGAGAUUAAUAUUGAUCAAUGCGUCCAAGACGCAAUAAAAUUUGUUAAAAAAACUCCACCAAGUGCUACAAAAAGAGGUUUGUUUCCAAUCAACGAAUUAGUAAGUGAGAUUUGUCCUCGUAUAACUAUGGAUGAUUUACUCGAUGCCUGGGAAAACGACGAGAGAAUAGUCAUUGUUGAUCGACGCUCAGAGGAUGAUGUUAACCAAUUUGGUCUGAUCAAAGACGCUAUUAGGGAAUAUGAUAUCAGUAUAAUCAAAAGUCAUUUGAAAGAAAAUUACUAUUUAUUAGCGGUUAUCAACGAUCUUCCUCUUGCAGCACAGCUUGUUCUAGAAUCGGUCGGACGAACUGUUAGUUUAAUACACGAUCACAAACUACCAAAGCAGCUAAAAAUUUCGUCUAAUGGAUUAUCCAAUUAAUUAUGAUUACUCAAGAUUCAUUCUGAUCAUUCAGUUGUUGCUUGGAUAAAUAUCAACUUGAGGGAUGAAAUUUGAAUAACAAUCACUAGUUCAUUGAUGCUCAUUGUUAAUUAUUUACUGACGCACUAAUUACGUCUAUAAUUUUUUUUGUUCUUGAAUUACCUAUUGGAUCAUUCUACAGAUCCUAUCAAUCAAUUAUUAUGAUUAUUUUUCUCUAAAACUCUUUUAUUACUCCUGCUGGUCACACGAAUAUAUUUUUCUAAAUGUCUGAAGAUUUUUGCAAAUCUUGAAUCAACAUUUGAUUUUGAAAUUAUCUCAAUUCAAUCGUGCAAUAAAUUUAGUAAUUUAUUAGUUGUAUA